AGAAGGUGGCGGGGUGUGGCCAGCAGGUGUGUCCUCUUACAAUACAUGGCUCUAUUUGAACCCUGCGAGGCGCUGUGCUUGUAGGGAACGAGGUGAGAAGAGUGCCUUGAGUGGCGGCAGCUAUUGUAUAGAAAGAUGGAGUUAUGGGCGUUAGUAAUUGUAGCCACAGUGGUGGUGGCAGCAGGACGUGCACAGAUGCUUCAAAACAACCUCCUGGUGGAUCCCCUGCUGGAAAACACAGUGGAGAAGACCUGCCCCACCAACUGGUCCACACAUAGAGGAUCCUGCUACAAAUAUAUUCGCUCUCCUGUCAAGACCAGGCAGCAGGCCAGGGCACAGUGCCAGGCAUAUGGUGAAGGCUCAGACUUGGUGAGUGUAAGUAAUAAGGAGGAGCAUGGUUUCCUCACUCGCUACCUCCAUGAGAAUGAUCCUCUCCAACGCAAGUGGUACACAGCUGGCUAUCAGAAGACUCCAGGCUUCUGGGAGAAUGAGGGUGAUGGCUCUUCCUACCAGGACAUGACGGAGGCAUUCCUGCCAGAACAGGCCAUCUCGCCACAGAACAACUAUCUCGCAUACAGCUACUCAGUGAUGCACAAAGAGUGGGGUCUGCUGAUGGUGGAUGGGGAAGAGGCUCUUCUAUAUGUAUGUGAAAUCCCUCAAGCCAAUAUCAACAACAUCAUUGACGAGUCGGUGGAACGCGACCAUGAGUAUGGCUUGGUGAUUGAGGACCCCACCAAGGUGCCACAAGGACCAGUUUUUGAUCUGCAGCCUGUGGACAAGAUCUUUGACCUGGCACGGCGAGAGGUCAUUAACUACAUCUCAGUCACAUGUCUUGCCAAAGGAUACCCACCACCCACCUACACCUGGUACAAAGAGAGUUAUGAGAAUGAAGCCAUCAGGUCACGCCCCAUUGAUCCACUCCAGGACCCAAGAUUCACCGUGUCUGGUGGAACUCUCAUCAUCAACAAUCCUAAACAGGUUGAGGACAGAGGGAAGUACCACUGUCGAGCUGAAAACAAAUUUGGCUCCAUCACUUCUGAGAGUAUCCAGCUAUCAUUUGCCUAUGUGGCUGAGUUUAACCUGAAGCGUUCAGAUGAAAUAGGUAACCAGUACUGGGGGAAAGCCAUUUACUGUGAUCCACCACAACACUUCCCUGAUGUCCGCUACUACUGGGCUCGUACUUUCUUCCCUAACCUGGUGGAGGAGGACCGUCGCACAAUGGUUUCCCACGAUGGCAACCUGUACUUCUCUUAUGUAGACAUGAUUGACAAUGGACUGUACAGCUGCAACGUCAUGAGCACAGUCUCAGGAAUUGGCAAGAACGGACCCUUUUUCAAUCUGGAUGUGCUGCCCCACCCUAACUACCAGCAGCUGAAGUUUGCCAACAACUUCCCUAAGGCCUUCCCUGAGGCUCCCAUCAGAGGGGAGGACGUCAGGCUGGAAUGCAUCGUUUUUGGAUAUCCUGUUCCUUCCUACAACUGGACCAGGCGUGGUGGUGCCCUGCCUCGGGGUGCUCAGCUGCUCAGUUACAACCGGGUCCUCCUCCUGCCCAAAGUGGAACCCUCAGACAUGGGUGAUUAUGUGUGUCGUGCCCAUAAUACCAAGGUGGCCAUUGAGAACAGCAUUGCCCUCAGUAUUCAAGCCAAACCAAGCUUCACCAUUCGCCUUCAAGACCAAUUCAUUGCCAAAGAUGCAGACCUCAUGUGGGAGUGUGAGUCAUUUGGCAUUCCUGACGUAGACUAUGCAUGGCUGCGGAAUUCUGAACCACUGAACAUGGAAACGCUGAAUGAGGAAGAAAAGGAGCGUUAUGAGAUAGCAGACAGCAUAUUCAAGAUCAAAGGAGUGAAGGAGUCUGAUGAGGCUGUGUACCAGUGUAUGGCAACCAACCAGCUGGGGACCUCCUACUCCUCAGCCCAACUCAAAGUGUUAAAAUUGGCACCAACUUUCCGCAAGAAGCCGCUAGAGACAGAGAUGUAUGGUGCUGAGGGGAAGAAUGUGACCAUUGCAUGUAAUCCUGAGGCAGCACCAAAACCCAAGUUUACGUGGCGACAAAAUGGACUUAUAAUUGGGAACGGUGGAAGAAGGAAAAUAUUGCGCAACGGUAACCUGGUGAUUGAUCCCGUCUCCCGUGAAGAUCGAGGCAACUACUCCUGCACGGCGGAGAAUAUCUAUGGAUCAGAUACUAGUUUUGGAUGGCUGGAAGUCCUGCGCAAGCCAGAGUUUUAUCGCAGUCCACCUGAGGAAGUGAUAACUGCCAAGGGGGACAACAUCACCCUGGAGUGUGAGGCAUACAUAGAUCCUCUUUUGGACAAGUCAUAUGUGUGGCGUCACAAUGGCCUCAGGAUUGAACUAGACGAUACUGAAUACCUGCGACACCUUGCUUACAUGCAGGGCUAUGAUUAUGAAUACCAGAGUCGGAGGUACAACCUCUAUGACAAUCCAUAUGAGUCUUCCCUCUACCUGAAGAGAAGGGAGCAGGAGAUGUAUAUUGCCAAAAGAUACCCUCCCUACAAAAAGGGCCUCCGUGCAGGUCACCUAAGGAUACCAAAUAUCCAGAUGGAAGAUGCUGGUGUGUAUGAGUGUGUGGCCAUGACACCUGUGGCCAAAAUUUCCAUAUCCACCAAAAUUAUUGUCCAUGGCCCUCCAGGACCACCAGGUGGAGUGACAGCUGUGGACCUGACGAGCACAAGGGGCCGAGUGAAGUGGACUAAUGGUGCAAGUAAUGGCCGUCCCAUCUUGUCCUACAACAUCCAGACACGCACUCAGUGGACCAGAAAGUGGAGGACAGUGGCAGAGAACAUACAGGCAGAGCUCAUUGACAACACCAACGGCCGCAUGGAGUAUCAACUGGGUGAUGUCCUCUCCCCCUGGUCUGCUCAUGAGUUCAGGGUGCAAGCUGUCAACAUUCUUGGAGAGGGACAGUACUCCAGUUCCUCACCUCAGGCUAACACAAGGCCAGACAGUCCCUUCACCAUCCCGAACAAUCUUGGUGGUGGCGGAGGCAAGACUGGUGACCUUACUAUCACCUGGGAGCCAAUGUCUGGAGAGCAUCAGAACGCCCCUGGGAUCUACUACAAGUUAUUCUGGCGGCGUUCAGUGCUUGACCCAGAGACAGAGUUCCAGAAGGUGGUGCUGAGGGAACGAGGCAACGUAGGAAUGCAUGUGGUAGACGUCAACCCCAUCAAGUACUUCUACACAGAGUAUGAAGUGAAGAUCCAGGCAUGGAAUAGUAUUGGUCCAGGUCCGAUAAGUGAACCUGUGACAAUCUACACUGCGGAGGACAUGCCCCAAGUCCAACCCACGGAAGUGUCUGCCUUUGCCCACAAUGCUACCUCCCUCAACGUCACCUGGCAGCCUAUUGAGCCCACCAGGGAGAACAUUAGAGGCAAACUUGUCGGCUACAGAAUCAAGUACUGGAGACGGAUGGACAAUGACACAGACCACAUCAUCAAGCUGCAGCGAGGAACAGAACCGCACGGUCUCAUUGUGGGUCUGGUGCCGAACACUUUCUACUGGGUGCGAGUCAUGGCAUACAACCAAGCUGGCUCAGGACCCGAGAGUGAAAGGUUCCUGGAGCGAACUUGGCGCCAUCCACCCCUCAUGCCACCCAAUGCUGUCCAAGUGUACCCAAUCAACCCCAGCACCAUCCGUGUCACCUGGCGUGGUGUCACCCCCACACCCAUGGAGGAACCUCUCAUUGGGUAUAAGGUCAAAGUGUGGGAAUCCGACCAGGACUUCACCACUGCCAACGAUACUUUUGUAUACAUCGGUUCACCCUUGGAGGCUUACAUUACUGAUCUGUCUCCUGGGAAAUCGUACAUGCUGCGUGUGUUGGCGUUUUCUCGAGGUGGUGACGGGAAGAAGUCCUCCCCUCCCUGGAAGUUCCAAAUGGGUGACACAGAUCUGCUAAAAGGGUCAGCCCCAGGAACCUCCCCUGACCUGCUGCUCAACUCAACUCUCCUUGUGACCUUCCUGGUUGGCGUACUCACUCCAAUCCUGCGCUCUCGCUUUCUCAACCACCAUCACCAUCAGCAAUGAGUGCUGCUGCUGCCACCCUGGUGAUGGUAUGGCAGAAAGCAUCACCCAGUUGUGAGGUGUUGAAGGUAAUGAUGUUCAGGAGACCGUCCGGUAAGCCUAAUUUACUGAGACUGUUUUGGUGGCACCUGACUGCUACUUUUUAAAGCUGUGUUCUGUGAAAUUGUUCCUUAGUGUAUUUCAAGGCAUGUAUAUCAAGGUUUUCAUGGUCCACUCUGUAAAAAGGCAGUUGUGGCGCUAAGGCAGCAUGAAUUAGGCUCUGUGUGUAUGUCAUUGUGUGUGUGUAUUUGCUGCUGUUUGUGAUUUUAAUCUCAAAUGGGGAUCUGCUUUCAUCACAGCAGCUAAAAGUCUAAUUAAUACGUCCAUUACUUGUAAGAUUUAUGUGAGCAGCUGCAGGGUGUCUGCUGGCAUGGACACAUUAAGCAUAUAAGGGUUCAGUGGGACACAUACUAAGAGAUGAUACAAAGAAGAAAGAUGGCAACUAUAUUAGAUUAUAAAGCUUCUUCAUGAAAUGGUGAAAGGAAGAAAUAGUCUUCUAAGGGAGUAUGGGAGUGAGCAAUCUCUUUAGGAAGUUACAAAUGGAAUACAGAUUUUGUAGGACUUGUAUAGGGAGGGUAUAUAUAUAUAUAUAUAUAUAUAUAUAUAUAUAUAUAUAUAUAUAUAUAUAUAUAUAUAUAUAUAUAUAUAUAUAUAUAUAUAUAUAUAUAUAUAUAUAUAUAUAUAUAUGUGUGUGUGUGUGUGUGUGUGUGUGUGUGUGUGUGUGUGUGUGUGUGUGUGUGUGUGUGUGUGUAUACAGUUUUAAAGAGAGAGAGAGAAUGAUCUUCAGAAGAUUUAUAACUGCAAUUUCUUUUUAGAAGUUUUAGAGAGAGUGAAUAAGUUACAUUGGUAGAUUCCAUUUUGUGAAUAAAGUUUUGAUGCUUUUAUGUAGCAGCACAGUGAGGGAAUGAUCUCUUUUUGGGAGAUACAAACAUUUUUACCUCAGAUAUAUGCAAUUCUUUAGGGUUUAAGAUGUAAAAGGGACUUCCUUGUGAUUUGUAUUGUAAGGGGAUGAAAUGUUUUCUAUUUCUUCUUUCCUUUUCAUUUUGUAACACUUCCUUGCUGACAACAUAAGAUACUUUAUUCUUGUGCCUUGUAUAAAAAAGAUGUUGAUGUAUCCAAAAGUCCUAGCUCUUUUUGAUCAUUGAAUUUUAAUCUUCACCUGGUAUAUUUUUUAUACUGAAUGACCAAAGUGUUAUUUUUAAGUUGUGUCAGCGUGGGUGUUGUUUUACUUGAUGAGAGGGAUGAGGAGUGGAAGAAAAAAAUCACUACUAUUUUUGUCAUGAAACUAUCCACAAAUUAGUAUAAACUAAUAUUAGACAUAACUUUAGUAAAGGAUGAAUCCUAAUGUCAUGGUCAACAUCAGGCUAAAGUGAUGAGUUAUUUGCAUCAGAGGUACAACAAGUGGUUUCAGUUAGGCUUUGGUUAUUACUUCCCUGACACUCGUGGGAAAUGCCAUAUGCUUUGAAUUUUUAGCUGUGUAUCUUGAGUUUUUAUGAGAAUAUUUUGGUAUUGAUGAUAUCUUAAUUUUUACUAAGGUACAGUUUUUCCUGCUUAUUCAUGAAGAACUCUUUAGCGUUACAUUGCAGGAGCUUCAUUUUGACCAUUGGAAGCCAAGGAAGUAUUGAUAUUAUAGUAUUGUAGGGCCUUGAUCCAUAGGGUUCUCUUCAACUACAUUCCCAGAAUACAGUAUUAGUGUUAUAUUAUAAAACAUACGCAUACAAAGGAUAAGAUGGCCUUCCGUUUCAUUUACAGAAUUUUAGUGGCCUGAAUUGAGGUAUUUUGAAUGGUUAUGUGUUGUUAGCAAUUGUGCAGACUGUUGACUUAAAGGUUGUGUGUUUUGAGUGCCAAUUGCUAACCAGAUAGAUAUGGCAUCUGAUCCACAAUACAAGUAUCACACUCCAUGCCAUAUUUUUGUUGUGUUAUUUAAAUUUUUAAGUGUCAAAUUUUUACUUUAUUUCUGAUUCAAAGUUUGUGUCAAAUUUUAUAUUUUAUUUAGAAUUCAAAUUUUCAGGUGUCAAGCUUUUUUAUUUCUACUAAUGUUGAUGUCAUGUAGUUUGAUACCUACAGCUCAAUAAUAAUGCUGAUGCAUUCUUUCCAUUAUACUUAUGAUAGUUUUCAUUGUUUUGUGGAAGUAUUUAAGAUAUACAAUGCAAUGCUUUUAUUAUUACUGAAAGUGUAAAUAAUUUGUAAUGAUGCCAAGUUUGUAUUUUGUUGGUUGUGUUUUGUAUAUCCUGUUUGUAGCUCAAGUUUGUGGCAAAAAUGUACAACGACAACAAUGACAGUAAUUUCAGCAAGAGAAUCUCACAUUCCAGCUGUUCAUAUGUAUAUUUUGAUGUUUGAUAUGCUGUAGUCAUGUACUUUAAAACCAAAGGCCAUGAUUGUGUGCUUUCAAGCAUGCAUUUACAAAGUAUUGUUGUGCCUUCAGCUGGUGGAUAUGUAUGUAGCUGCUAAGUCCAGACACACUAAAUAAAUAAUUCAAUCUUUA